AUGAAUGCGAUGCACUCAUCGAAGAAGGCUGGUGGAAUCUGGGACUUUUUCUCGGGAUUAUUUUCACACGAAACCCCUCAACAAACGCAUCGACGCCAUCGAAGAUCAGCUGGUGGUGGAAGUGAUCCUUUGUCACGAAGAAAACCCGUGAAGAGUGUUGAUUUCAUGGAUGCUGAUUAUGCAUCAGAGCGACGUGCCGCAGAAAGACGUCAACAGUACAAAAUCGUACGUGAACAUAUGAUGAAAGAGGAUGACGGUCGUUUGCAUGCGUACGGUUGGUCAUUACCAGCAACUAUGGAUGAAUCCAGUGAUAACACCUCUAUCCCUGUUCCCGUCUUCUGCCGUCCUCUCAUCGAUAUGGAACCGUCGCUAAAGGUGUGGUGUGCAUGCGGAGUGAUGUUACGCGGUGGUCGUGCCAAAGAUGGUGCAUAUAUCGUUGGUGAUUCAGUGAUAUAUUCGGGUUCAAAUUCACCGAAUGAAACAACACCACCUAUUGACAAAUCGGUAGAUCGACUUGACUUCGAGCUUAGGGUCGCACUUCGAGAAACUCGUGAGAUGGAGAUGUUACCGUGGGAGAGUUCGAGUCUUCUUUGGGUUUGCAGUUCGAAUAACGGUCGAAGUCAUGUGGCAAUAGUGGAUGCAAAUAAUCCGAAUAGUGUCAUCGAAGCAUUUCCGGUGUGUUCUGCGCAUUUGCUGUGUGUCAGUUCUGUUCCUGGAGUACGGGAGUCGGAUUACCCACCCGAUGAUAGUGACUGGAAAAGUUUCGUGCGAGGUGGAGGAUACGUUAAGGAUCUUCCAGCGGAUAUCACUGAAUCCGAAGAAUUUGGAGCUGUACAAUGGAUUGAACUUCGAAAAUUGGAUUCAGACGAAGAUCCAACGCCAACAUACUGCGGUCCAGGUCAGAAGCCUUCACCGACGCGAUCACGAGAUUUUAGCCUUUGUGAAUCAACACCAGUUGCAAGUACAUCCGACCCUGCUGAGCAAGGACUUAAUGCGGUCUCUGAAAUUGUACACGAAAUAAUCGACUUCACACCCGAACCCAAAACGAUAACCAAUGGCGAAUUGGUGAAAGGAUACAUAUUACUGGAGAAAUACCAUCAACAUAUCAACAGCACUAAACGUAUUAGCACUGCUACGAUUUCUGAAUUCAAGGAAAACCAAGGAGCCGUGCCAUCGCAUAUUAAAGAAGCACUUAAAAAAUAUGACGGACUGACCGAAAAUAUGACUGCAUUACCAACCAUUUGGAUGGGAUCUCAAAAUGAAUAGCAUUACAAAGGACGUGUGUUCGCGGCACUUGCAAACGGUUCAAUUGCAGUUUUUCAUAGAGAGCAGUCAGGUGGAUGGUCUGAGAAUGGUUAUCAUACGAUAACGAUAGGACGAGCCACGAGCUCGGUGCGUUCGCUGUCGAUUGUAUGUGGUCGUAUCUGGGCUGCAUAUCGAAACUGCAUCAUUGUCAUUGAUCCUAAAGAUUUCACAGCUCAUAAAGUAUUUGCCGCACAUCCACGCCGUGACAGUCAAGUGCGGCAUAUGCAAUGGGUGGGUGAUGGAGUGUGGAUAUCGAUAAGACUUGACUCAACUUUGCGUCUUUAUCAUGCACAUACUUACGCACAUCUGCAAGAUGUUGACAUUGAACCUUAUGUCACUAAAAUGCUUGGAACGAAUAAGCUUGAUUUUUCGUAUAUGCGAACAACGGCAUUGCUCGUUUCAUGCCGUCGACUGUGGAUUGGCACUGGCACUGGUGUUGUCAUAUCUGUUCCCUUAACAGAAUCAAACGGCACUCGUAUCGAAACAAAAGUAGCGUUCCAAGCCGAUGGUGAAGAAGUACGUGGACCAGGUGGAUUAAUUCGAGUUUACGGUGAUUCAAGUAGUGAUCGAGUAACGCCCGGAAGUUUCAUUCCGUAUUGUGAUAUCACCAAAGCACAACUCUCAUUCCACGGUCACAAAGAUUCUGUGAAAUUCUUUUUGGCUGUUCCAGGCAUAGAAUCUGAUACCAAGAAAGAGCAAACAUCUGAACCACGGAAAAUGCUUAUCGUUUCUGGUGGUGACGGAUAUAUCGACUUCAGGAUGGGUGAAGAAGACGAGAAUUUGAAUGGUCGAAGUAAUGUACGUCCUCGUGAUAUGUCGCAUUUGAUCGUUUGGGAAGUUGAUGCCUCUUCGCUUUCGCAGUCUUAA